AUGUCUUCUCAGCAACAGCAGCACCCAAGGUGCCCCGGCCAGCAGGCCCAGCAGCAGCAGGUGAAGCAGCCCUGCCAGCCACCCCCAGUCAAGUGUCAAGAGACCCGCUCACCCCAAACCAAGGAUCCGUGUGCUCCCCAGGCCAAGAAGCAACGUCCACCCAAAGGCACAGAGCAGCAGAAGUGUCCCUCAGCCCAGCAAGCCCCCAAGAGUAAACAGAAGUAA